AUGGACGGGUUGAAUGACUAUCGAACGACGAGAGUAGCUGAGGUGCUCUCCGAUUUCCGCACCUUGCAGUUCUACAUCGCGGCAGCGCCCACCGAUCCCAAUAACAUGGAAGACUACUACACCGAAGGCUGGGCGGCUCUGCGCCAAUGCUCCCUUGACGGGCAGCACAUUCUCAACUGCGCCGCCGACACCAGUGUUCCACAAGCGAGCGGCGGGUCUCUCGAACAGGAGAAGGCGGAGUUGAAGCAAUGCUUGCUUGACGCGUUCUCCAGGAGACACGAGUGCCAAAAGAUCUACCUGCGACAAGCUGCUGCGCAGCGAUGGGUUACCAAUCGAGAUGGCAUUUUGCAAGGUGGACGCCCCAACACGAGGAAUCAAACUCACCUGAGAGCGUGUGAUCAACAGUUAAGAGCUGAGCUCGCUACCAUCAUCGACGAGGCGAUUUACAACGAAUUGCAGGCAUCCGAUAACGCCAUGGGCCGCUGGACGGCUGAGGACCCCAGCCAACGAAGUGUGCAGCGCUGGCUCCGCGCACGACGACCUUAG